UCGCUUUUGCUCGCGCGGGUGGGAAAGGGGGAAGGAACGGCUGGUUGUCCGAGCGGAUGGCUGGUUUUUAUUCCUGUCCGAGUUUGUGGAGAGGAGAGCGCGACCCCUCCUUGCCCUCGUCGCUAUUGCUCUUCCACUUUCCCUCCUCUCUUUUCUUGUCCUCUCGCUUCCUCGUAUUCCCUUUUGGCUUCUUCUCGUCCUCCUCCGCGGCCUAUACCGCGAUCGACGACGCCGGAAUCUGACGCGCGUGGCGGCGGGGAGUGUGGGGUCCGGCGGGGAUCUGGUGAUGGGUGGUGGAGGAUGGAGUACGAGAGCCACGGAAUCCACAUGCACAGCGCGAGGCCGCCGGCGGCCGUGAUGGAGGGAUCGUCGUCGCUUCACGAAGAGGCAAUUUGGCAACUGAAUUUACGAGGCAGUGAAUUGAUGGAAUUUGGACCCUAUCCCGAGCGUCCAGGAGAGCCAGACUGUGCUUAUUACAUGAGGACUGGCCUCUGUAGAUUUGGAAUGACUUGCAAAUUUAAUCACCCUCCCAAUAGAAAGAUGGACAUUGCUGCUGCAAGAAUUAGGGGGGCUUAUCCUGAAAGAGUAGGGCAACCUGAAUGUCAGUAUUACUUGAAGACUGGUUCGUGCAAAUUUGGAGCUACAUGCAAAUUUCACCACCCAAAAGAUAAAGCUGGAAUUGUUGGGCGAGUUAAAUUAAGCAUUUUAGGCUAUCCACUUCGACCGAAUGAGAAGGAAUGUGCAUAUUAUUUAAGAACUGGACAAUGUAAGUUUGGAAACACUUGUAAAUUUCACCAUCCACAACCAUCUAAUGCGAUGGAUGCAUUAUGUGGCUCUCCUGUUUAUGCUCCUGCACAUUCCACCACAAUCCCUGGUCAGCAGUCUUAUCCUGGGGGAUUGACAAACUGGUCCUUGUCAAGAGCUUCUUUCAUUCGAAGCCCUCAAUGGCAAAGUCCUUCAAGUUAUGCUCAACUGAUUCUUCCUCAGGGGUUGGUUCAAGUUCCUGGGUGGAAUCCAUAUCCUGGGCAGAUGGGGUCUUCAUCUCCAAAGAGCCAACAAGAAAUACCAGGAGUUGCUGAGUAUUACAGUACAUCACGCCAAAGUGAAACAAGUGCAGGUGCUCAAGGCACAUUUUCUUCCUAUCGACUAGGCUCCAUCCCUAUGGGUGUUUAUGCCUUGCAAAGGGAGAACAUAUUUCCUGAGAGGCCUGACCAGCCCGAAUGCCAGUUCUAUAUGAAGACUGGAGAUUGUAAGUUUGGUCCAGCCUGUAGGUUUCAUCAUCCUAGGGAGAGAUUGAUGCCUGUUCCAAAUUGUAUAUUGAGUCCAUUGGGCCUUCCACUUCGUCCAGGUGAACCCUUGUGCAUCUUUUAUUCUCGGUAUGGUAUCUGCAAAUUUGGUCCUAAUUGUAAAUUUGACCAUCCCAUGGGAACUUUCGCAUAUGGUCUUGCAACAUCCUCUACAGCUGAUGUCCCAACCAUUCGACAUCUAAUGGGAUCAUCAUCAGGACCUCCUGCAUUAACCUUGUCAUCAGAAGGGCCUGCUGAUUCUGGCACAGGAAAGUCCAGUUGACUUUGCUGUCAGAAUCUCGGCAGACAGCUACUGGUGAUGAAAAUGUGGGGGCCAAGGCAUCACAUACCAGUUCAACUAUCGGGCAGUUUCUUCUUUUUCUUAAUCUACACGGUUGCGAGAAUUUCCCCAUAAGAUGAGUUCCUGUGCUGGAGACAUACGGUCUUUCCAUGAUGAGUUGGGUCUUUUCAUCUGAAGAUGCAUUCACUCGCCAAGAAAUUCUAGAUAUUCUCAAUUUCCCAAAUUUCCAACGCUUCACCUUGUAAAUCUGCAUCAUGUCAUUUUUAAUAGAAAACAGGAAAUGUCUUCUCGGCAUUACAAGCCCAUAUGCCUCUUUUAGUAGGGGGUCUCUUUCCUUAUUUGUCCUUCAUGCAGAAUACUUGUUCAAAUUGUUCAAUUCCCUUCUCUCCAUGUUGGUCCCAGUGAUGACUUCCUGUAAUAUUUUGGUCUAGAUGUUCCAGUCUUUCUUCACUUGUAACUUCUUGUAAUCAUCUGUUACACUUUUCAGUAGCUGUUCUUAGGUAGGCUUUGGUUUUGUCGAGCUUUGUUUCUACCGUAUGUGUAGGGGGUUGGGAAUUUUUCGUUAUUCCCUAGCUCUCUCUCUCUCUCUCUAUCUAUCUAUCUAUCUUCUCUCUCUCUCAUAUAUUGUAGAUGGGGCUCUGUUGCAAAAAUUUUACAUGAGCAGUUCAACAUGGUAAAAUUUAUAUGUUAAAUACAUGGAAAGACUGAAGGAUUGGACUCGUACCUGAGUAAUGGAGCCAAUGAGUGGGUCUGCUGAUUAUUGAAGGGGAUACCUUAUCUGAUUUAAAGAACAUCUUCAAUGGUUCGGUGCUUCCUCAGAUGUGAUUAUUUGGUUCAAAACUUUGAGAAUGCACAUGCUGUUUCCUGUAAGCUUGUUUGUUGGUUUUACAUAAAAUAUACAAAUUCUAGUUUCUGGUCCUUCCAACCAGUCAUUUGAAAUUUCAUAUAAUGUCAUAAGACUGAUAGAAAUUUCUAUUUCCAGAUGAACCAUUCAUUUGCAACAUUUUUAUUCAGGAACAUUAUAAGAGUUACCGUAAACUUGAGAUACCUUUGUUUCACUUUGCUGUUCGAUGAAUAAAUUAUCGUUAAUCAA